AUGGCUCGAAUAAUACUGCUGAAAAACAAAACAGUCCCCACCGAUCCGUACGACGAACUGUUUAGCCAGGCUCAGUACGAGCCGGUGUUUCUGCCGCUGCUCAAACACUCGCCGAUCAACGAAAAAGAGGUGAAGGAAUUUCUCAAAUCUGAUCUCUAUCUGAACGAGUACCAGGCACUGAUUGUGACGUCCCAGCGGUGCAUCGAGACGCUCGCCAAGCUUCUGCAGGAGCUGCGGCACGAGAAGUUCGAGCGGCUCGACCAAAUUCUCAGCAAGCCGUCCUACACCGUGGGUCCUACGACUUCGCAGUAUCUAGAGAAUCUGGGGUUUACGGAUGUUCGUGGCGGCAAGGACGCUGGCAACGGCUCAAUUCUAUCGGACAUUAUCAUCGGCGACCCGCUAUAUAAAAACCAGGUACGAGCAGCUCUCGUCGACGGCGCCGCAAAACUCGUGGCUCAUCUUCUUCUCUCCACAGGGAACGGCCGACAUUGUGAAUAUGCUCAAGGAGAGGAAGCACAAUUUCCAGAUUGCGUCGAUCGGCCCGACGACGGAAGAGUACCUCCUGGAGAACGGUAUCAAGCCGGCAGUGGUGUCGACUAA